AUGACCGGCGACAGCGACGACAUUACCACUGCUCUGCACGAUGACGGCCAACCCGCCAAGCGCAAACGUCUCCGCAUCCCCAAAUCCUGCCUUCCCUGCCUGAAGGGGAAGCGAGCCUGCGAUCGUGGUCGACCAGCAUGUGGUCGAUGUGCACGCUCUGGCCAGGCUGCCGAUUGUAGCUACGAUCCGCGUCUACCUCAUCAGCCCGCUUCCGGCCAGCCCAAGCCAUCUGGCGCGUAUAACGACGACUCGGAUGACGACGAUGACAGUCCCGACCCGCCUCAAAGCUCCAAGCACCUUUCUGCUCUCCAAAGGCAGCUUGAAGAGGCUCGCAGCGAGAAUCGUCGCCUACAACAGCUUCUCCGCACUCAGCCAACUGCCUCCGCAUCCCUGUCGUACAAUCGCGCCGCGAGCAGUUCCACUCGGCCAUAUAACUCAGCAAUAGCAGACGACCGUCAUCACCAUCAUCACUCCCCCUCCACCUCCCACGACUUGCACGCAGCACGUGGCCUUCAGAUGCUCGCCGAGAUCGCGCGUCCUCAGCAUCAGGAUGCCGACACGAAUGCCGUCAAGUCGCGCAUCCUUCACUGGUCCGGUCCCGGCUCCCACACGUCUUCCUCGUCCCGUGCAUCACCAUUCGAUCCUGCGACAUCGUCUUCAAACGAAACCUGGCGAACUUCCGAUCCUUCCGCAAGCAACUCCUCUUCACCAGCUGAUCGCUUCGCCAAUACUAGUCCUAGCACCGCUUCUGUCUACAAGAACCAUUUCCAGCGUCGCACUUCUUACCUCAAUCACAAUGAGCUGGACUCGCCCAAAAACAUCAACGGCACUCACAUGUACUACGGACACACCUCGUCUGGCGACAAGGUCCUCCGCGACGUCGCUGCUGACACCGCUGCUUCUUCCCGCGCCAACAACAAUGCUAAUGUCGCCACCAGUGUCCACGAGACCAUGGCGCGCAGAGAUGUGCGGUCCGCCUUCAACAGCGUGCUGGACCCAUCGCGCGACACGUUCCCGUUCGCUACUAUCUGGACCUCGGGCACCGCCUUCAUCGACGAGGUCCUGCCCUUCUUCCCACGGCCUGAAGACUUUGACAUCAUCUGCGUUUCCUUCGUUCGCCACUUUUCCGCCAUGUGCCCUGCACUUACUAUACCUAAUGCUAUCGACCACGCCAAGACCUUUUCCAGGAUGUCACGCAAGCAGCAAUCCCAGGUCUCGCUUCCCUGGCUCGCUGUCUUCCUAAUGAUCUGCGCCCUCGGCAAAAACUGCGACCUCGAGAGCACCACCGUCAGCGUCGACCGUAAGGUAAGGAUGCUCGAUGCUUUCCUCACUGGCGAAGCGUCUCAACAGCCCAGUCGCCACGCCAGCAGAGCUUCAACGCCCGUACUGCCAGAAUCAGCCACGGGUCAGCCUGGUCCCGUAGACGCACAGCAACCAUCUUCUACUACGAAUACCAAGUCGCCAGCUAUGGUCUCGGACCUCUUCCUCUCAGCUGCGUACCAGUCGCUGCGUCUCUGCUCUUUCCUUUCCGCGCCUACUCUGCAGACCAUUCAUUCUCAGCUUCUCAUCGGUGCCUAUCUCCUCAACACAGAGCGUGCUGCCUCCUUUUGGCCGCUCCUAGGCUCGGUCGCCCGCCAAGCUCAGUCCAUCGGUCUCCACGUCGACCCGUACAAGAUCAAGCACGACUGGGAUCCCGUCGAAGCCGACACGCGUCGACGUCUCUGGUGGGCUGUCGUACAUCAGGACGUUAUCCUGUCCGGCAUCUUUGGCCGUCCGCUCGGCAUCACGCGUUUCAGUUGCCGAUUCCCGGGCACCACUGUCGGCGAUGCCCCGGUCGCCAUCACGUACGCCAUGCUGCAGUGCGAGUUUAGCCAGUUCGCCAGAACCUACCUCGACGAGAACCAGGACCGCAGCUGGAGUCAGGCCAAGAUCAUCGAGUUCACCGAACAGGUGCUGCAGUGGUACAUGAACAUUCCUGAUCGCUAUCGCCCUGACUUGGGCCGCAUAGACUUGCUCGGAUCCGAGACCGAAGCCGAAACCAUCCACAACUACCGCUCUGCAGGCGUCGACAUCAAGACCAAGGGGCUCAUGGAGGUGCACCAGUCCGGCAACCUCGCCGUCGAGGUGUUUUACACCAUCCUUUGUCUGCACCGAUCCAACCUCUUCCCCAGCACCGACACAGAGCACGACUCGUCCAACGGCAACGCGAGCAGCGACAAAGCAGCCGGCCGCGAACUUAACCAUGUCUCGCUCCACAUCUGUGCUCAAGCGCUUCGCCGCAUCAAGCGUGCUCAGCAAAUCAUGAUUGACCUGCUCGGCCGCGCUCGCGCCACUAUGUUCUGGAAGAUCGCUUACUACACGUACCAAGCCGCCAUUGCUGGAGCCCACAUCGUGUUUGUCCACCCACAAAGCAAGCAUGCCGAGUCGGCGUUGGAAGAUCUGGCCAUCUUGACCGAUUUCUUUGAUCGAAUGCCGGAAAGGUGGACGGGGCUCAAGAUGGCCAAGACAGGUUUGAGAGUAUUGAGGAAGCUAGCUGUAGCGGCAAGGGAAACGCCUGAAGCUGCCAGCAUGGCUCUCAGGACGCAAAGUGGUUUCAGUGGUGUCGACCAUGCGACUUCACCGAUGGGCAGCGGGAACGUCUCUGGCAGUGGGCAGCAGCAGCAAGAUCGGGUUGUUGCGGGUUCGUAUGGUGACGCAGCGGCCCCAUCAUUUGCCGACAUGCACGCCACGGAUACGGCACUAUCAACGCAUCUGCACCUCGCAGGCUUGGCGGGCAAUGGAGAUCCGUCGCAGGUAACCUUCCACUCUCAAUCCGCCUUCCUGCCACCCAUCUUCAAUCCGUCGUUCAGCUCCCCCACUGUGGGCUCUCAGACCAUGAUGAGCAGCACGCCGAUGAUCAAUACUCCUGCUGCCACUACGUCGACUUCUCAAGCCAACCAGGUGACCGGAUCCUUUGCCGAGCCUUCGAGCGCGUUUGCAGGUGCCCUAGCAGAUUCGGCCGGCUCGCCUUUGGCGCGCUCCUUGGCUAGCGUUCCUCUGGUCACACUAUUCAACAAUACUUAUGAUCAACAGGAGCACGGCGCCUCGGCUGCACCCAAACAGUCUUUCUGCUACGAUCCGUUCAUCCCCGAUCCCUCUGCUGGCGCUUUCGGUAACACGAGCGUUAGAAGGUCUGCUUCGCCGUCGAUGUCCGACAGACGCACGAGCUCUCACAGUUCCCCGAGUACGCUCUCAACCCACACCUCUGCGUUCAGCUCCGGCUCUGGCACAGCCAGCGCUGCUGGAGUGGGAGAGAAAGAUCGAGCCUCAGGGUACGAAGGUGGGCCCAUGCAAGGGCCGGAGGGCCAAGACGAGUGGAGCCCUACUCCGAUGAAUCAAAAGGAUCUGGCCAACUACUGGUCCGAGUACUUCAGCCUGCAGCUCGAUUGGGAUCGGUUGACUGGUCUGGCAUGA